UCGGGUCGAGAGAGAGAGAGAGAGAGAGGGAGGGGGGUCAGGCUACUCUCCCGUCGUCAGCGUUACAUUUGAUCAAGCAGUUGAGUUUCAGGGGAACAGAAAGUAAACCGGCGCAGUGAUGAUGAUGACCCAGGUUGAGACCACGGUGCACUAUGAUAACGGCUACGAGUAUGAGUACAUGAACCAGGAGGAUGAGUGGGACAGGGACAUGCUACUCGACCCUGCCUGGGAACAACAGCAGAGGAAGACAUUCACAGCCUGGUGUAACUCCCACCUGAGGAAAGCCGGCACUCAAAUUGAAAAUAUCGAAGAGGACCUCAGAAAUGGACUCAAACUCAUGCUGCUUCUGGAAGUCAUCUCAGGAGAGAGGUUACCUAAGCCAGACAGAGGCAAGAUGCGAUUUCACAAGAUCGCUAAUGUCAACAAGGCGUUGGAAUACAUCACCAGCAAAGGAGUGAAACUGGUCUCCAUUGGAGCUGAAGAGAUUGUGGACGGUAAUGUGAAGAUGACUCUUGGGAUGAUCUGGACCAUCAUCCUCCGCUUCGCCAUCCAGGACAUUUCUGUGGAGGAAACAUCUGCCAAGGAAGGUCUUCUUCUGUGGUGUCAGAGAAAGACUGCUCCCUACAGGAACGUCAAUGUCCAAAACUUCCAUGUCAGCUGGAAGGAUGGCCUGGCCUUCUGCGCCCUGAUUCAUAGACACAGACCCGACCUCCUCGACUACUCUAAGCUCAACAAGGAUGAUCCUCUGGGGAACCUGAACCUGGCUUUUGACAUAGCCGAGAAACACCUGGACAUUCCCAAAAUGCUGGACGCAGAAGAUAUCAUCAACACCCCCAAGCCCGAUGAAAGAGCUAUCAUGACCUAUAUGUCCUGCUUUUACCAUGCUUUUGCUGGAGCUGAGCAGGCAGAGACGGCUGCCAACAGGAUCUGUAAGGUGCUCGGUGUAAACCAGGAGAAUGAGAAACUGAUGGAGGAAUACGAGAGACUGGCCAGUGAGCUGCUGGAGUGGAUCCGCCGCACCACUCCCUGGCUAGAGAACCGGACUCCAGAGAAGACCAUGGCGGAAAUGCAGCGGAAGCUGGAGGACUUCAGGGACUACAGGCGCCAGCACAAGCCCCCUAAAGUGCAGGAGAAGUGCCAGCUGGAAAUUAACUUCAACACCCUUCAGACCAAGUUGCGGAUCAGCAAUCGCCCUGCCUUCAUGCCCUCUGAGGGGAAGAUGGUAUCUGACAUAGCCAGUGCAUGGCAGGGGCUGGAUCAGGCAGAGAAAGGCUUCGAGGAGUGGCUCCUUACAGAGAUCCGUAGGCUGGAGAGGCUCGACCACCUGGCGGAAAAGUUUCGCCAAAAAGCCACCAAUCAUGAGAACUGGGCCAGCGGUAAAGAACUGAUCCUCUCCCAAAAGGACUAUGAAACAGCCACCCUGACGGAAAUCAGAGCACUGCUUCGAAAACACGAGGCCUUUGAGAGUGACUUGGCAGCCCACCAGGACAGAGUGGAGCAGAUUGCCGCCAUUGCACAGGAACUAAAUGAGCUGGACUACCACAAUGUGGCUGCUGUGAAUCAACGCUGUCAGAGCAUCUGUGACUUGUGGGACAAGCUGGGAACCCUGACUCAAAAGAGGAGAGAGUCUCUGGAGCGGACAGAAAAGCUGCUGGAGACUAUUGAUCAGUUGUUCUUGGAGUUUGCCAAGAGGUUGGCCCCUUUCAACAACUGGAUGGAAGGAGCCAUGGAGGAUCUGCAGGACAUGUUCAUUGUGCAUACUAUUGAAGAGGUCCAGAGUCUAAUCGCAGCUCAUGAGCAGUUCAAAGCUACUCUUCCCGAGGCGGAUGCAGAGAGACAGGCCAUCUUGGGAAUUCACAAUGAGGUGCUGAAAAUUUCGCAGAGCUAUGGGAUCAAGGCCAGCAUUAUCAACCCAUACAGCACCCUCACAACCGAAGAGCUGCUGAACAAAUGGGAAAAGGUGAAGAAGCUGGUUCCUCAGAGGGAUAGUGCCCUCCAGGAGGAGAUGGCACAUCAGCAUGCCCAUGAAAGGCUGAGACGGCAGUUUGCCGCCCAGGCUAAUCUCAUUGGACCCUGGAUACAAGCCAAGAUGGAGGAAGUUGGGCGCUGCUCCCUGGAGAUAGGUGGCGCCCUGGAGGACCAGAUGACACAGCUGAAGCAAUGUGAGCACGUCAUUGUUGCUUACAAGCCCAACGUCGACAAGUUGGAGGGAGACCACCAGCUAAUCCAAGAGUCCCUGGUGUUCGAUAACAAACACACCAACUACAAUAUGGAGCAUAUUCGCGUCGGGUGGGAGCUGCUCCUCACGACCGUCGCCCGAACCAUCAACGAGAUAGAGACCCAGAUCCUGACCCGGGACGCCAAAGGCAUCAGCCAGCAGCAGAUGAAGGAGUUCAGAUCCUCUUUCAACCACUUUGACAGGAAGAAGAAUGGAGCAAUGGAGACUGAUGACUUCAGAGCCUGCCUCAUCUCUAUGGGUUAUGACUUGGGGGAGGUGGAGUUUGCCCGUAUAAUGAUCCUGGUGGACCCCAAUGGUACUGGAAACGUCUCUUUCCAGUCUUUUAUUGAUUUUAUGACGAGAGAGACUGGUGACACAGACACCUCCGAGCAGGUUGUGGCAUCCUUCCGGAUCCUCGCAACUGACAAGCCCUACAUACUAGUGGAGGAGCUGAGGAGAGAACUUCCCCCCGAGCAAGCAGAGUAUUGCAUAAUGAGGAUGCCGCCUUACUCCGGCCAUGGAGCACCACCAGGGUCACUGGACUACACUGCCUUCUCCACUGCACUCUAUGGAGAGAGCGACCUUUAAUCGACUAGAUCACCCUCCAUCUACUGACCGUGUACCUAACCCCCCCCACCCCCCCCGAUGAAUUUAAGGAAUCUAUACAAAAGUUGGAUCAAAUAUGUUAAGUUAAAUGUUUGUGACCAUACUGGAUUUUUCAUCAUCAAAAUCCUUUUGAUCAUUGUCACUUGUCUUGGUCCUCUUGAAUGAGACAUGUCCCCCUAAACAAAUAUAAAUUGCCAUGUUUAAAUUAUAUUGAGAGAAAUAAUGCACUGUACAUUUUGUCUUGUGUAGAAAGUAAGGUUCUGUGAUGGAGGUAAACCUAGAAGAGAAAUGUACUCGAAGAAAAUAGACACUUAGUAAUACUUACUAAUAAGCCAACAGAAUCAUGGUGUUUCUUUAGUGUCAGUUGAAGAAAUUAGACAUAAAAGUCCUGUUUCAUCUAGCAGUGUCAUGUAUUGUUUUCAUGUUUCCUCGCAGUGCCUCCUUUUAGGGAGUACAAUCAUCUGAUAAGGCAUUUUGAGAUGCUUUAAAGUGAAUUAGAAAGGAGCAGUUUCAGACCUACUGCCAUGCAACACCAAACAGUGUAGGAAAUGGGUUCCCAAAAGUCUAUAAAUAUACCAACCCAACAGAGGGAAAGAAGUGGGAAACCACAUGAUUGCGAAAGUAAAUGUUUACAAUUGCUUAGUGGUUUAAAGGCAGAGAACACAGAAAAUGAAAUGUGCAGUAUUCACGAGUAUCGCGUUUUAGGAUUAAACAUUUUGUCAGGCGUUAAUGCUUACACAUACUAGAAAACAAACUCCAAAAAUAAGGUACACAGAUAAGGAAAUAAAGAUAAAAUGAAGCCCACGGGUCCUGCUUGAAGUUUUGGCUUAAAAAACAAAUUGUAUUUAGAUCGUCCAUACUAUCAUAUGCAAAUAGAGUAUUUAAAUAAACAGUAGUGGCAUUGAUUUAACCAGAAUAUGCUAGUUAUGUAUAUGCGCAUAACACCAUUUCCUUAUGCAAAUUACUUUCUGCUAUAAUAAAUGUAAUGCUCUUAAUGACAAGAAUGAUAAAUCAAACAUUUUGUGUGAUGGUUUUCGCAUCCAUUGGCAGUUUGUAAGUCAUGCAAGAGUGCUAGAAUACUGUGGAAGUCAUUAGAGUGAUGACACUUUCUGUGAAGAGGAUCAUUGGCCACUUCACACAUACUGAAGCCAAGGCAGUGGAGCACAUUCAUUUAAAAUCUCAGUUUAGAUUGCUGCAAUCCCCUUUACAUGAAAAAUGUACUUCCACUGUAACAAAUUAACCUUACGUUACUCAUCACUGAUCUCUAGAUCCAAGAGAUGUUCUCAAUUUUGGUGAAAGCUUUGAAUUGUUGGUCCGAAAAUAAAGAUACUCCGGCGGUACUGACACCUUGGAAGACAUUUGCUGGCUCUGUUUUCAACAAAUUCAGUGAGUUAAACGUUGUACUUGAGGGUGAUAGGUUAAUUAAAUUGAUAAAAAAAUAAAGUUUGUGAUUAAUUCAAGCAAUUAAAUGGAAUAAAUCAUUA